AUGCAAUACAAAGUUUCUGCUAUUAUUGCUACUUUAGCUGCCAGCUCUAUGGCUGCUUAUGUUCCAAGCAAGGACAACUGGUCCACUUUAACUCCAAAUGCUACCUACACCGGUGGUGUUACUGAUUAUGCCUCCACUUUUGGGGUUGCUGUUGUUCCAAUUACCACAGGUUCCUAUGCCUCUUAUUAUGCUAGUUCUAGUUCAGCUAAGCCCACUUCUUCUACUAAGGCUAAGAGGGAUGUUCAAGCUGUUUCUCAAAUAGGCGACGGCCAAAUCCAAGCUACUACUGCUACAACUUCAGCUGCUAAAUCUACAGCCGCUGCUGUCUCUCAAAUAACUGAUGGUCAAGUUCAAGCUGCUACUACCACCACUACAGCUAAGUCUACAGCCGCUGCUGUUUCCCAAAUAACUGAUGGUCAAGUUCAAGCUGCUACCACCACCACCACCACAGCUAAAUCUACAGCUGCUAAAUCUACAGCCGCUGCUGUCUCUCAAAUAACUGAUGGUCAAGUUCAAGCUGCUACCACCACCACCACCACAGCUAAAUCUACUGCUGCCGCCGUUUCUCAAAUAACUGAUGGUCAAGUUCAAGCUGCUACCACCACCACCACUACAGCUAAGUCUACAGCCGCUGCUGUUUCCCAAAUAACCGAUGGUCAAGUUCAAGCUGCUACCACCACCACCACCUCUAUUGAAAAGACCAGUAUUGCUGUUGUCUCUCAAAUAACUGAUGGCCAAGUUCAAGCUUCUACAGGUAAAGCUACCUUGCAAGCUACUUUGGCUGUUGUUUCUCAAAUUGGUGAUGGUCAAGUCCAAGCCACCACCACCACCACAUCAGCUGCUAAGUCUACUGCCGCUGCUGUUUCUCAAAUCACUGAUGGUCAAGUUCAAGCCGCUACUACCACCACCACUGCUGCUAAGUCUACAGCCGCUGCUGUUUCCCAAAUCACUGAUGGUCAAGUUCAAGCCGCUACUACCACCACCACUGCUGCUAAGUCUACAGCCGCUGCUGUUUCCCAAAUCACUGAUGGUCAAGUUCAAGCUGCUACCACUACAGCUAAAUCUACUGCUGCUGCUGUUUCUCAAAUUAGCGAUGGUCAAGUUCAAGCUACCACUACUACCGCUAAAUCUACUGCCGCCGCUGCUUCUCAAAUCACAGAUGGUCAAGUUCAAGCUGCUACCACCACUGCUAAAUCUACAGCCGCUGCUGCCUCUCAAAUUACUGACGGUCAAGUCCAAGCCUCUACUAGAUCUACCACUACUUUAGCCCCAUCUAGCUCUGCUGCUGCUUCCACUGCUUCUGGUUCAGCUUCUGUCACCUCUUCUACUAGUUCCACUGCUUCUUCCACUGCUUCUUCUACCAACGAUGAAGCUGUUUCAUCUGACCCAGUUACUGCUGAAUCCUGUUUCAACAACGGUACUUUGUCUAUGACUUUGAAGGACAGUGUCUUGAGAGAUGGUAAGGGUAGAAUUGGUUCUAUCGUUGCUAACAGACAAUUCCAAUUUGAUGGCCCACCACCACAAGCUGGUGCCAUUUACGCUGAUGGUUGGUCUAUUACUCCAGAAGGUAAUUUGGCUAUUGGUACUGAAGAUGUUUUCUACCAAUGUUUGUCUGGUGACUUUUACAACUUGUACGAUGAAAACAUUGGUGACCAAUGUAAGCCAGUUUACUUGGAAGUUGUUGACUUGGUUAGUUGUUAG